GCCGGUUUAGCGUGUCUUCAGGACGUCAUCAAUCGUUUCUCGACUGUUCCUGAACCCGAAUUCCCCGGGCACGUUAUUCUCGAACAAUUCCAAGCGCAGGUGGGUGCUGCGUUGAGACCGGCGUUUGCGGCCGAAACGCCCAGUGAUGUGACGGCUGCAGCAUGCCAGGUUUGUAGUACGUGGAUAGGGAGUGGUGUGGCGAGGGAUUUGAACGAUCUGAGACGAGUUCAUCAGUUGCUUGUUUCAUCGUUGGGAAAGCUGACACAUGGAUCGAUCAACACGCAAUUGUACAGUGAGAGUGCGGCCACUCUGGAGAAAUUGGCCAUUUUGAAGGCGUGGGCUGAGGUUUACAUUGUUGCGGUUGAGGAGGCGAAGAAAAGAGACGAAAUUACGAACGCAAAAACGAAAGAUGACGACGAACAACCGUAUCACUCAACCGAAUGUCUCCUGAGUCUGGUGACGCCUGAACUCGGCUCGUUGGUGGAGCAUUGGCUGGCGGCAUUGCGAGAUUCCGCUUUGCUGUCGUUACCGUCCGAAUUCGCCUCACAACUACCGCCGAACGGCGGUGCGUAUUACGCACCCGAAAGCGCGGAUGUUCGUAUUGUUUCUAUUACAUAA